CUCCGGUAGCCGCUGACCCGGAUGUUCACUCCUAGGUCCUGAGGAAGUGGAGGAGCCGCCGGGCCUGCGGGGCAAAGAGACACCGAACCGGAGCGGAACCGGAGCGCGGCCCUCACCCACCGCAGCCAUGAGUGACCAGCAGCUGGACUGUGCCUUGGAUCUGAUGAGGCGUCUCCCUCCACAACAGAUAGAGAAGAACCUUAGUGACCUCAUUGACUUGGUGCCGAGCUUAUGUGAAGAUCUCUUGUCCUCUGUGGAUCAGCCUCUGAAAAUUGCACGAGACAAAGUGGUGGGAAAGGAUUAUUUGCUGUGUGAUUACAACAGAGAUGGCGACUCCUACAGGUCACCGUGGAGUAAUAAGUAUGAUCCGCCUUUGGAAGAUGGCGCCAUGCCGUCUGCUCGUUUGCGGAAGCUGGAAGUGGAAGCCAACAACGCCUUUGAUCAGUACCGAGACCUGUACUUUGAAGGUGGCGUAUCCUCGGUUUACCUCUGGGAUCUGGACCAUGGCUUUGCAGGAGUAAUCCUUAUUAAGAAAGCUGGGGACGGAUCCAAGAAGAUUAAGGGGUGUUGGGAUUCAAUUCAUGUAGUGGAGGUUCAGGAGAAAUCGAGUGGACGUACCGCACAUUAUAAACUGACCUCCACCGUCAUGCUGUGGCUGCAGACAAACAAGACUGGAUCUGGUACCAUGAACCUGGGGGGAAGUCUGACCCGACAGAUGGAGAAAGAUGAAACUGUGAGUGACUCCUCCCCGCACAUAGCAAACAUCGGCCGGCUUGUAGAGGACAUGGAGAACAAAAUACGAAGCACUCUCAAUGAGAUCUACUUUGGAAAAACCAAGGAUAUAGUCAAUGGACUAAGGUCUGUCCAGACAUUUGCCGACAAAUCAAAACAGGACGCUUUGAAGAAUGAUUUAGUGGAGGCUCUGAAGAGAAAGCAGCAAAGUUAAAUGUCCCCCAAACAUGCACUCAUUUCAUUUCUUAUAAGAUCUUUCUCUUCUCCCCCCCACCCCUCCCCCCCCCCCCCCCCGAAAUAUUUUUUUUGUCAUUAAAUCGGUCUGCGUCGCCAACAUAGCCAUUCGAAGCAUUUUGCUCCUAUUAAAUAAAGCUAUAAAAACCAUAGAGUCUGGGGUUUAUUUACUCCCCACAUCACCCUCCUUGCACCAGCCUCACUUUUUGUGCUAAUCGAGCCCUUCCUAGGCUCAUGUUCGGCCCCCUUGUCUCUCUGUACUGCACAUACUGUUUAACUCGUUCAACGGCAGUGGGAUUGAUACGUCUGCCAGCAUUGCACGCCGACUGAGGUUGCUCCGUUUGGAUUGUUGAAGGACAGUUCAUUUAUUUGGAGGGUGGAAGGGAAAAAAAAGUACUUUUUGGGUUUUCUUUAUUUUUGUUUAGGUUUUGACCCUCAAUAUCCCCUUUUUCUUGCAUUUUUUUAUUCCCUUGCUUUUUUUUCCUGGUGACUGUCUGGGGAAUGCUUAGGGUUUAGUUUUUUGUUUUUGUUUUGUUAUAUAUAUAUAUUUUGUAAAGCUUUGUCUUCAAUAAGAGCCUUCCUGUACUAACAAUAAAAUGAUUCUAAAUACAUGGA